CCGUUUUCUUCCAGGGACGGAACAAAUUAACGUUUUAACUGCGGCAGAUGGGGAGUUCAGACGAUGUUUUUGCAUUGGGUUAUAUCCGUUAUGUAUAUUUUCAUAUACCGAUGUCACUCGUGAGAUCCAUUACCGUAAGCCUACAGCUGUUACAGCGUCAUAAAGAUAGUCUCGUGUGGACACGGUGGACUAGAAACUACUAAACGGACCAAGACCGAGGCGCGCGCACAGUAGCAAGCUGAAGACGCAGCCUACUUCGCCCUGAUGUUUGAGUGACUGAGUAACUGCUGUAAAAAGGAGGAAGAAUAAAGACAACGGAAAUCUUAAAUGAACUAGUUCCUGCUCUUCUGAAGUGUUGGGAAUAGCCGAACUCCCUGCAGCCGCCACCAUGAACCUCUCCAACGAGACGACUCCACAGUGCUUCUCCAUCAACAAUCCUCCCUUCAUCUACAACCACACCAUUGCGUCCAGCUACUUCUCCAUUGUGUUCAGCCCUCUGGGCCUCACCUUCAACCUCAUCGCCUUUGUGGUCCUCCUCAAGUCCUUCCAGCGCACGCACAGCCGCUCGCGCUCCUCUUUUCUCGUCUUCCUCUGCGGCCUGGUGGUCACCGACUUCAUGGGCCUCCUGGUCACCGGCAUUAUCGUGAUCACCUUCCACUUCACCCAGUUCAACUGGCGCCGCCUGGACCCGCACUGCCACUUCUGCAACUUCAUGGGCAUGUCCAUGGUCUUCUACGGCCUGUGCCCGCUGCUGCUGGGCGCCACCAUGGCUGUGGAGCGCUUCGUGGGCAUCAACCGGCCGUUCGCACGCUCGACCAGCAUGCCCAAGUCGCGGGCCGUGUGCAUAGUGCUGAUGGUGUGGGCGGUGGCAGGGUGCAUCUCACUGCUGCCCCUGGUGGGCGUGGGGAGCUACCACAUGCAGAUACCAGGCUCCUGGUGCUUCUUCAACAUUAGCUCUAAGGCUAGCGACAUGGUCUUCUGUCUGCUCUUCUCUCUGGUGGGGCUGCUGUCCAUAGCCGUGUCCUUCCUGCUCAACACGGUGAGCGUGGUGACCCUGGUCAGGGUGUGCUGCGGCCAGGACGGCACGCAGCGUCGCCGCGACUACGAAGUGGAGAUGAUGGUGCAGCUCAUCUGGAUCAUGAUGAUCGCUACCAUCUGCUGGUGCCCCCUGCUGGUGUUUAUUGCGCAGACUGUGUUGUCAGAGAGCCCACUUCAAGUCCGCAACCUGCUGCUCUUCAUCCGUUUCGCCACCUGGAACCAGAUCCUGGACCCCUGGGUGUACAUCCUGUUUCGCCGCGCCGUCCUUAAGCGCCUCUACCCCAGCUGGGACUGGUCCCGGGGCUCCAUAAGGACACUGUACCCGGCCUCCUUCGUCGGCACCAUCCGCCGGUUCACCCGUUCUUCCCUGGGCGAUGAUGUCCUGGGGGGUGGCGAAAGGCGUGUCAGUCGAAACCCAGUCAUUUAACGUGAAGGCUCCACCUUCAUCGCCUUGACUGUUUCCUGUUGUUGUGCAUUGGUACUCAUCCUCGUCAGUGACAUUUUUAUUUAUAUGGUUUUUAGGUGCUGUUUAAACAGUUCUAAACAGAGACUGAACAUGGAUACGGCUGUGGCAUUCCACUGGGCACAAACAGGUUGAAUCAACGUAUUGUAAUGUGGAAUCUAUAUGGAAAAUACAUUGAAAUUUAAAAUGUUUUUUUCAACCACAAGGUUAUGUCGUCAUUGUAACCAAUUUUCAACAUAGACAAACCUUGUAUGAAAUAUGUUAAAUUUGUAUCUUUGAAACAAUGGCAGAACUUCACCGUUAUAUCCACUAUCAGAAGAAGGAAAAAAACAACAGGCUGAGCAGCACCUCCUACUGGAGAGUUGAUCUAUCUACAAGUAUAAAUUUGGUUUCCCAUCCAGGGUUUCCAACAAGCUCAGCCCUACUUAGUUGUUAUGUACUACGUCACUGACUACUACCAAUGUGCUAUUGUGAGAAUGAUUAUUGAGAGAUCUCUUAAUAACUAAAUAUAUUCACUGUCGCUAUCAAAGUAAUUCCAAAGGGUAGGUUUAACAGCGCAAAUGAAAUAUAACCAUACUUUAUAAGUCAUAUAUCAUCAAUUAUACUAUUUAGGCCUAUAUAGCAUUUGCAAAGUCAUCAACAGCUAUUAUUUCAAUUCAACCAUGGUAAAAAAAAAAAUAUAGAAACUGUGGUUAGAGCCCUGAAUGCUGAUUGAUUGACAGCCGUGGUAUAUCAGACCUUAUACCACGGGCAUGACAAAAUAUUCAUUUUUACUGCUUUAAUUACAUUGGCAACCAGUUUAUAAUAGCAAUAAGGCACCUGAGGGGUUUGUGGUAUAUGGCCAAUAUACUAUGGCUUAGAGCUGUAUCCGGGCACACGUUGCGUUGUGUGUAAGAAUAGCCCUCGGGCUGUAUUGCUUAAAUAGACAAUACAUAUAGACCUAGGGUUCCAAGCUUUGGUUCAUUUCAAAUUUACUCUUCAAGGUAAUUAUUAAUAUGUUGGAUUCAUGUUUCCAUCUCAACCAAAAAUUGAAGUUAAAGAAUAUGGACUAAAUUUAAAUCGAAGAUUAUUAAAAGUGCAUUUAAAGUUUGAUUUGAUUUAAUUUCGUCCUAUUCUUUAAGUUAGAUUGUUGGUUACGAUGGAGACGUUAAUAUGUCGUCUCCAUGUCUCUUCAUUUAAAGUGCAUUUAAAGUUUAUUAGAUUACAUUUAGUCCUGUUCUUUAACUUAGAUUUUUGUUUGAGAUGGAGAUGUGAAUCCAACAUAUCAAUAAUUCAUUUAUAGACAAACUGAGUAUUGAAUUGGGUUUGACUGUCAACGCAAGUAAAUAUCAACAUUUGAAAGAGAUCUUCUGUUUGGAUAGUUCCAUCUAUGCCACUGACAUAUUUUCAUUAAAAACGUUAUUUGGAUUAAUUUAUUUUUUCCACAAUAUAUAGUCCUGAAACAAAUCUUGGGUUGCUAGAGACGCGACCCAGUCAUUCAGUCUUUUUGUUCUGUAUCUAUGGACGUGACCCAGUCAUUCAGUCUUUUUGUUCUGUAUCUAUGGACGUGACCCAGUCAUUCAGUCUUUUUGUUCUGUAUCUAUGGACCCGUCUCAGUCAUUCAGUCUUUUUGUUCUGUAUCUAUGGACCCGUCCCAGUCAUUCAGUCUUUUUGUUCUGUAUCUAUGGACGCGACCCAGUCAUUCAGUCUUUUUGUUCUGUAUCUAUGGACCCGUCCCAGUCAUUCAGUCUUUUUGUUCUGUAUCUAUGGGACGCGACCCAGUCAUUUGUUCUAAAAUGUUCCAUUGACAUACUGGCUGGCAACGUUGUUAUCCCUUGCUUGCUAGCUAGCCAACUACGUCUAACUUACAGUUACGUCAAAAAGUGCAGCCAGAAUCACAGCAAAGUAGCUGCAUUUGCAUUUGUUUAAGCUGUUUUCUAGUGCCAUUUCUUUGGAUACAGUACAUCCAUAACAAUAAGCUGGUGAGGCGAGAUUUUGCCUGGCAUAGAAAAUGUGCUCACUCGUCAGGACACUGUUGUUCAGAGGAGCUAGCCAACAACACAGCUAACACAAUCACUUCAAACUGAAGCUGGAAAGACUGCAAAUGAGCUGUGUUUCAUUUUACCUUUUUUCAAUUUUUUUUUUUUUGUAUCCAUAAAAAUUAUGCCAUCUGAAUUAUGAUUUAGACUGGCUGAGAAACGCUGCCUGCCUUUCUGUCUCUUCCCGACUCAUGACAUGUUCAUUACUAUGGGACAGCUGGAGAUCGAAUUUGAAUAUUGAAACAAUGUUGCAAAUGUCGAAGAGACAGACAGCAAGGUUUAUCACUUUAGUUUCUAGGCCAAACUGUUCGGACGCUACAGACAUUUUCGUGAGAAGACCGAUUUUCUGACAAACACAGCUGUAGCUCGGCCACUUUCCAACACAGAUGCGGAAGUCCGACAGAGGCAGAUGCGGUGGAUUAAGACGCAUCCGUAAUCAUAGAAAGUGUGCAUGUUCGACAUAGCAUUCAAAUAUCGCAGGUCUGUGGAAAUCUUCCCAAUUGCUAUAAUAAUCUGUGCAGAAUCUCAAACAGCAUUGAUCACUUGCACCAUGCUCUUUGAAUGUAAUCUCAACUACAAUCCAGGUCAUUUGGUUGUGCUAUUAGAUAAAGCACAUUGAUAACACAUUUAAGUUGUUGUAUAAAUACAAAAUAUCUGACAUUGUAUUCCCAUUUGAACUUUGUUGUGCUUUUAAAUGGUUCAAAGCGCUGUGAUAACACAUUUAGAUGAUAAACCAGAAAUCAGACAUUGUUUUUCCAUUGGAAUUUGGUUGUGCUUUUAGAUGGUUGAAAGCAUAGUGAAAACACAUUGGGAAUUCAACAAACUUCUGGCUGUCUUAUAGAGUGGGUCAGUAAAGGUUGAAAUCUCAUUGAUCAACGUCUCAACCAAAUAUUACCAAAAAUGUCCAAGUUGAAAUGGCACGGUGUGCCCAGUGUGAUGGCAUUGGAGCUGAGAGCUGGUUAUUCCUGUGCCUAAGCACAUGGUGUUGCCAGUGGGGUGAUAUUGGAGCUGAGAGCUGGUUAUUCCUGUGCCCUAAGCACAUGGUGUUGCCAGUGGGGUGAUAUUGGAGCUGAGAGCUGGUUAUUCCUGUGCCUAAGCACAUGGUGUUGCCAGUGGGGUGAUAUUGGAGCUGAGAGCUGGUUAUUCCUGUGCCCUAAGCACAUGGUGUUGCCAGUGGGGUGAUAUUGUGUUGUGGUAUUAUAUAUUAUAUAUAUUGUUGAUAUUCAGCAUUGUUUAGUAGAGACCAUGGAAAUGUAAUUAGAGCCUGACAGCAGCAUCUGGCUUAGAUUUAGACUGUGUGACGUAUCGCUGUGCUCAUCAGUCAAACAUAAGAAUGGACAAAUGAAGCCCCUUCCUACACCAGAGUUUGUAUUGAAGAAUGCACUUCCUUGUCAGAUUCCAUGCCAAAGACCACCAGGUCAUGAUGUGUGCGUGAUUAUGUGACUCAGUUUUUAUUUGUUCAUGUGAACGUGUGGGUGUAUCAUUGUGGUUAAGUGUAUGCGUGUCUGUGUGUGUGUGUGUGUGUGUGUGUGUGUACUAACUUUCUCCUGUUGCUCCUGUUGCUAUGUUACUAUUAAUCAACCACAGUAUUUAUCACCAAAGAUAACCAAAGAUAACUAAAAGGACAACUGUCAUCGGCUCUGUUGAGGUAUCUGGCCUCCGCUGGCACAGUGCCCUUCGUUGGUUGGCUGACUGCCCUAUCUCUCUGUCUGCUUUAGGAAUCAUAUGGCCCUCUGUUCUGUCCUCAUGCUCAACUAUGGUUGACUUUUAUACCAGUGACGCAUGGAUGGGCCAAAGAAGAGGUGUUACUAUGUCAUUUUACGUAUACACUUCCUAUGAAAGAUGAGGAGAGAUGGUCCCUCAUGAUAUGGACAUGAAUUCAUCAAUAUGUUAAUCAUACGCAUGUACACCGGUAUACUCUUCCUUUUUAAACAGUUUUACAAAUUCAAGUGAUCAAGUUUCAAAGUCAACCCAAAGCUAGGAAAAGUGUUAAAGACAGUGUUUAUGUGAAAUGAUAGCGAGGAAGAAUACAUGUCAUGCUGCAUGUUAGUUCACUAUGUAUGUGUAUAAUGUGUCUUCUUCUUUUUUUGAAGGAAAACCGAUGAACCAAUGUAAUGUCUGGCUGUGUGGGGUUUGAUGUAUGCCAUGAUGACACAGGUGUAGUGUCUGAGCAUGUGCAAUGCAGAUGUCAAAUGUAUACAGUCGGUGGCAGUUGGUAUGUAGUUUCUCCCAGGGGAAAUAAAACCUCUAAGGUUCAACUAAAA